AUGCUUGCUUCCCGGCAAUUUUCGUACUGGCCGGGGUUGCCCGUCUGGCACAACUCUGGAGCUCACAACACAUGCAACACCCCGUCUACGCUACCAAAGAAUCCCUUCAGUCGACGAUCCGAUGCCGAGAGAGUCAUAGCCGAAGCGCAGUACACCGAGGACUACCACAUCUUCCAGCUGUCUUGUUACACCCAGCCGCCCACUAGGGAGGCUGUCAAGACAGCCGCCGCGGGCAACAACGCAUGCCGACGCGAAACAACGCCGAGUCCGAUGAGGCGGGUUCGGUCACUGCGACUGGUCCCAUUCAGCAUGAUGGAGACCGCCAAAACGAUAACACAAACCGUGAGGUCUAGCACAUCGAGUGUUGUAGAUCAGCAUCUUGAUGGUAUUCGCGAGUGCGACUAUGGUUCGAAAAUUGAAAACAACCGAGAGCCCGCAUGGGUAUGUGCUGGUGCACGUAUGCCAGCCCUGGUCGGUAUAUCAGGGUCAGUAGCUGCGGUAUGGCAAAAAUUGGCCAAAAAGAUGCCUCACGGCACCGCGGUUGUCCUGCCCCUCGGAGCUACCGGUGUGUGGCCCAACAUGGGUUCAUUCAGACCUCGAGAUUAA